GGCCGGCCGCCACCUCGCUCCCUCCGCUGCCCCCGCGCCCGGGACCCCCGGCUGCCCCUGUGUCGUCUGCUCGCCGGUUCGGCCAUGGGCCCCGCCGUUCGCCCCGCGCUGAGGUCGCCGCCGCCGCCGCCGCCUCCGCCGCCGCCGUCGCCCCUGCUGCUGCUGCUGCCCCUGCUGCCGCUCUGGCUGGGCCUGGCCGGGCCGGGGGCCGCGGCGGACGGCGGCGAGCCCGCGGCCGGGGCGGGGCGGGGCGGGGCCCGCGCCGUGCGGGUGGACGUGAGGCUGCCGCGGCAGGACGCGCUGGUGCUGGAGGGCGUCCGCAUGGGCCCCGAGGCCGACCCCGCGCUCCCGCUGGGCGGCCGCCUGCUGCUGAUGGACAUCGUGGAUGCUGAGCAGGAGGUGCCCGUAGAAGGCUGGAUUGCAGUGGCAUACGUGGGCAAGGAGCAGGAGGCCCCGAUUCGGCAGGAGAGUCAGGGCAGCGGCCCACAGGCCUGUCCCAAGGCUCUGGUUCAGCAGAUGCGGAGGGCGCUCUUGCUGGGAGCCUCUGCCCUGCUCCUCCUCAUCUUAAACCACAACGUGGUCCGAGAGCUGGACACAUCCCAGCUUCUGCUCAGGCCAGUGAUUGUCCUCCAUCACUCUUCCAACGUCACCAGGCUGCUGGAGGCACUGCUGCAGAGGACCCAGGCCAUGGCUGAGAUCACCAGCGGAGAGUCCCUGUCGGCCAACAUCGAGUGGAAGCUGACCCUGUGGACCACCUGUGGCCUCUCCAAGGACGGCUACGGAGGAUGGCAGGACUUGGUGUGUCUGGGAGGCAGUCGGGCCCAGGAGCAGAAGCCCCUGCAGCAGCUGUGGAAUGCCAUCCUGCUGGUGGCCAUGCUCCUGUGCACAGGCCUUGUGGUCCAGGCUCAACGGCAGGCGUCCCGGCAGAGCCGGCGGGAGCCCGGAGGCCAGGUGGACCUGCUCAAGCGCCGGGUGGUUCAGAGGCUGGCGUCCCUCAAGACCCGGCGUUGCCGGCUGGGCCGGCCGGCACAGGGCCCCCCGGAGCCUGGUGCCGAGACCUGCGCCGUGUGUCUGGAUUAUUUCUGCAACAAGCAAUGGCUCCGGGUGCUGCCCUGUAAGCAUGAGUUUCACCGAGACUGCGUGGACCCCUGGCUGAUGCUCCAGCAGACCUGCCCACUGUGCAAAUUCAACGUUCUGGGGAACCGAUACUCAGAUGAUUAGCUGCCCUGGCUAGGUCUCUGCACGUGGGGAAGGGACCCCUUCUGCCUGCACCCUGGGCCUGGGCCCUGGGCGCCUGGAACAGGAUGUCGGGGGACAGGGCAGAAAGCCCUGUGGAUGGAAGGAGAGAUGAGGCCUCCCCUGCUGAGGGGCCAGGCGCCCACCACAUCCACACUGAGAUGAAGGGACCACAGCACCCAGGCUGAGGAUGCAGGGUCCAGACCUAGCAGGAAGAGAGGCUGCUUUUGGGCCUUUCUGUGUCAUCCUUGGGUGUCUGUCUGCCCCAGGGAGCAGGCAGCCCCCAGGACCCCAGGCAGGGGUCUAGGGAAGAGGGUGUGGGCAGCGCUGCUCUUCCCAGGGCUCUGGGCGCUCUCUGGCCUGCCUGUCAGGGCAUCCCUGGGGCUGAGGCUGCAGGGGCCAGGUUUUGUGCUUAUUUAUUGGGGGUGGGUUGGGGGAGGAACUGUCUGGCCUUGGGAGCACCCUAGCCUGACCAUCUUUCAGGACACAUCAUGGUCAGCGCUAUCAUGUUAAACCUGGAGGCCCUCUCACUGCCUGCUGCCUUUGGUCCCUUGGCCUGUCCACCUAGGCGCCCUCUUGGGGCCUGGCAGGGACCGGAGGCCUUAGAAACCAUCGAGUCCUGUGCCUCUCCGUGGGGCUACAGGUUGCUGACCAGGAUACUUGAAGCCACAGGAAAAAUGUGGUACAUCUUCCAGGGACAUCCAUUUUUUUUAGAUGUGGGGUAGGGAAGGUUUAAUAUUAAAAUAAACAUGGAUAUAUUUUAACAUAAGAUGUAAAAUUUGUGUGGCUCUUUUAAAAUAAACAUGUCACUUUGGGGUCUACACCAGUGGGAGGUGGACUCUAAAAUGGCCCCUAAGGUCCCUGCAGCCCCCAUGAACGUGCCUUGUGUGA